CCUCAAGUCCUUCCUAACCCGUUGGCAAUCCUCUGCCACGAAGUAUCGCAACUUCGACAGGAUUUUGGUCGAGACGACAUUCUGGCGGGGACUCUGGCUGAGAUUAUUUUUAUAUCAGAUAAACGCAAAUCAGCUCAAGGAUUAUGAUAACUUAAUGGACGCAGCAAUAUGACACGCCCAGGCAUAGCUUGAUACAUUUGGGGCCCCGACACUGCGACAAACAAAAGUACACGAGGCGCAUCAGCACCCCAACCACCGCGGCGCAACCCCAAUAGCGUGGCCAAGAGAAGCCAAGGGACUGGCAGCAGUACAUGGGAGGAUACAGCCAGGGCAAGGGAUCCUAUGGUUACAACUAGAGCCCAAAAAAACAGAAGCAAUAGUACAACUCUGAGAACAACAACUGAGAUGCACCAUAUGUUGAACUAAUACAAACAUCUAGGUAUGAAGUAUUCACUACCCUGACCGCGACUCAUGAAGAAAUCUGGAACGAUCACAGGGACAUUAUACCCGGACCACCCAAGAAAAAAUUCAACAACAAGCUGCCAAAUUAGGUAGACAAUGGAAAAUAUUGCACAUAUCAUGAAGACAGUGGGUACAACACCAACUUGUGCUAUGCCCUUAAGAGAACUAUUGAGACCUUGAUACAGAAUGGUGAGCUACAACAAUAUCAGACUCCCUCUACCAGCGCAAAUGCCAUUGAAGUCUAUGGUAAGAUAAUGACUAUACAUGGUGGCGCGCCCAAGGAAAGACCUACAGCUAGGCAAAACGCCAGUGCCCAAGGGGCAAUGAAGUUUUGGGCAUUCACCACGGUACCGACAUAGAGCAAGUAAGUUGGGAAGAAGUAACUUUCGCAAGAACUGAGGACACUAUUCGCCGGCACCAUACCGAUCCCUUUCUAAUCACCAUGUAAAUUGACCACUACAUUUGUGGGCAGGUCCUAGUAGAUUCCGGGGCGACGGUAAAUAUCAUAUACAAUGACUGCUACAAAGGACUCGAGCGCAAGAGAAACAAGCUUUACCAAAAUCUCGAGCCGUUGAUCAGCUUCUCAGGGGACAUCACCCAAUCGCUUGGCUCCGACAGGCUCAGAAUCACCCUUGGUGCUAGCCCUACCGUCGCCUCUAUCUCAACACAAUUUACCGUGGUUGACUGCCUCUCUUCUUACAAUGUAAUCCUUGGGAGAGAUGCUAUCUGGGGCUUGCAAUGCUUUGUGGCAAGACAUAUGCUAAUGAUAAAAUUACCUACACCGGGAGGAAUUCUCUGAGUGGAAACCAGGAAGUAGCACGACAAUGUAACUCACUCACGAUAGCAAGAGCAAAGGGCUGCAACGAGAUACUCUCGGUAGGCGACAAACCUUCUGUGGCAGACAAACUUGAUGACCCAAGGGAGGACCCGGAACCAGAGAAACAACUAGAAAAGAGAAAGAAAAAGGCAGCGAAGCCAUCGAGACCCGACUCCGCAGAGAUUCGUCCAUCUCGGACGAGCAGCCCGACAAAUGAGUGCGUAUAGACACCAACUUUUCGGUUAAAGAAAAGAGGUUAGUGUGACUACCCAGCCCGUUCACCGCCUCCAUUCACGUUCGAUUCACUGACCACAAAAGUCAAAAACUGAUGCUGAGAUGAUCACUGCGUAAGACCACCGAGGCACCGAACAUGGAAAGUAUAUCCCCCGCGCCGGCAGAGUCAUCAUCUUCCUCUGCUUCUUCAACACAAGACAAGAUUUGGAUGGAGGCCCAAGAUGAGCUGAAGCAAAAACUAAUUGCACAAGAUGAUUUCCCAUGGAGAUCAGCUACUACUGCACCACCCACAAGUGACCAAGAGGAGAAAGCGUUGAAGUAUGUGGGUGGGGUUGAUAUAAGUUAUUCAAAGGAACACCCAUCUAUGGCAUGUGGGACUCUUGUAGUUUUGGACAUUCAUUCCCUCCAAGUUGUUUACGAAGAUUACUCUGUUCUUACCCUCAGUGUCCCUUAUGUUCCUGGCUUCCUUGCAUUCAGAGAGGCCCCGGUGCUUCUUGAGCUUUUGGAGAAGAUGAAAGCCGGUGCUAAUCUUUUCUAUCCACAGCUGCUAAUGGUAGAUGGAAAUGGAAUACUUCAUCCUCGAGAUCUUUCCGGAACGUGUUUUGGCUUGGCUUGUCAUCUUGGCAUUCUAGCAAAUCUACCUACUAUUGGGAUUGGAAAAAAUAGUGCCAUAUUUCAGCUUCAUCAUGUGGAUGGUCUAACAUUAUCCGGUGUGAGGCAACUUCUUAAAGCCAAAGAAGACUGUGCUGAAGAUUUUAUUAAUUUGACAGGACGCUCAGGGCGUAUAUGGGGAGUGGCAAUGAGAUCUACAGACGGCUCCGUGAAGCCUAUAUUUAUUUCAAUUGGUCACCGAAUUUCGCUUGAUACUGCCAUCAAAAUUGUAAAACUGACUUGCAAGUAUCGUGUGCCAGAGCCUAUCCGGCAGGCUGAUAUCAGAUCUAGAGAAUAUCUUCGGAAGCAUCAAGCGAUGAUCUUUAAAUGAUUCACUCCCAAGAAUCUGGUAGUUACAAAUCAUGGACCAGGGGCCUGCAACAUUUCUGCUGCACCAAUAUCUGUUGAGACUUGGAGCUCAUUUUAAUGGUUCGCUUCGUCCACCAUAAACUCGGAAUCUUUGUUGUUUCAACUGGUUUGGGAACUUACAGCCACACCCAGGUGUUUAUUUAUCUUAACCUAUGUAUCCACAAAAUUGUUCUGAAGAACAGCAGAUUUCUAGUUGAAGUCCUUAACCAAGACUUGUGCAAUCUGCAAUGGGAUAUCGAAAAAGUUAGUGAUGAAUGAGUCAUAAGAAUAGCUAUGAAGUUAUCCCCCAGCUUGAAGAUACUGUGUAUCCACAAAAUUGUUCUGAAGAACAGCAGAUUUCUAGUUGAAGUCCUUAACCAAGACUUGUGCAAUCUGCAAUGGGAUAUCGAAAAAGUUAGUGAUGAAUGAGUCAUAAGAAUAGCUAUGAAGUUAUCCCCCAGCUUGAAGAUACUGUUGAUGUUGUACGGUCAUUUAUUAUGAUCCCCUUUGAAAAAUACCAUGGGAUGUUGACAAUACAAAGGCCGAA